AUGCGUGCCGCUACAGUCCUUCUCAGCGCUCUUGCGGCAGCCUCCCUCGCCGCCCCCAUCCUCCUUGGUCGCGACCCGAACGCCUUGGAAGAACAAGCUGUUCUCAGCGGUAUGCAGCCCGCAAUCGACGCUAGGAGCACGUUCGAUACUCGCUCAGUCGACCAAGACACAACUAUGGAGUUGGAGCUAGCCAAACGUGGCAAGGCCGAAAACAAACGUGGCAGGGUCCAAAACAAACGUGGCAGGGUCCAAAACAAACGUGGCAGUGUCCAAGACAGUACCCUUAAGCAGGUCCACAAGCACGAGACCGGGUGGUGGGGGUGGCUCCGCAGAAAAUGGAUUGCAAAGAAAAGAAGGGAGCCUGAGACGAAGAAAAAGGAGGAGAAGAAGGGCAGGCAGAUGAGGACGAGAAAGAGGCAGAACAGCUGUACUUAUCUUGAGAAAUCUCGCCAUAGGUGCUGGUCGCGCAAGUCAUUCGCCACCUACACCCGUGUCUACGUACCCGAUCGACAUCAAAUAACCGAUAUCCGAGUUCUCCAUGCGAUGCGCACCUGGACACUCGUCCUGCUCGCUGCGAUGGCCGCUUCCUCCCCCGCCGUCGUCGUGCUCUUUGGACGCGACUCUCCAGCCUGGAAGAUCGAGCCACGUUGA